CCGGAAAUGGAUUGUAUCGAAACGUAAACAAAAGUAUUAUUUAAAUUAUUUUAAACCAAUUUUGCAUUGAAUAUAUACGGAGCAUCGAUUUUAUCAUUUUAGAAUGCCUGUGCAUUUUAAGGGUAAAUCAGAAUAUGACAGAAAUUAUAAAUGGUUGGACUCCUACAGGAGUAAGAGCUUCAGACCUUCCCCUGAGCAGGUGGCCCCGACAGCUGGCUGCUGUUCAGUAGAACUUGGUAUGACUAUGGAGCCAGCUUUACAAAGGAAGAAGCACUGCCCCGGCCCCCCUACAACCCUGAGUACUGACUUCAAUCAGUUCCCGGACUCAGCAUCAGAUGAUUUUGCCCUGCUGGGAAGGAAUGAUAAGUUCUCGGAGAAUGUCCGAUACAAAUCUAAAGGACGGCAUAGUCACCAAGCCAGAGAAGCAUCCCCACCCAAACAACAAAAACUGCAGGAAAAGGAAAAUCUGAGAAAAACUGUCAAAGAAACACCAGCCCCAUUUGUGGAUACAUCCAAAUUCCGACAAAGAUCCAAGUUGGAGGACCCACCCAGAAAACCUAGGGCCGAAGAUCCACCCAGCACCCCUCUGACCCCAAGGAAGGAAAAGAACGAGCACUCCAGUCUAGUGAAGGAAGUAGCCCUAAAAGACAAAGAGGCUGCAUUGAGAGAAAAAUUCAUCAAACUGGACAGAGAAGCCAAGAGGAAGAAGCCACGUAGUCAGUUGAAGGAGACCAGGAAGGACUUCAGUAAAACUAUUGACCAGAACAAGAUGGAGUCAGCUGUGAAGGCGUGGGCCAAGGACAAAGAUGUGGGGGCCAUGAAUGAGUUCGCCCAGACAAACCUUGAUAAAGGGGUCGGCUAUUCUGCACCAGAAGCUCCGGCGGAUUACUCCCUGAGGUACAAAACAGGAGUUACGGCCCCCCGACAAAGGAGACACAAAUUUUCCGAGUACCAGAAGGCCUUUAGCUGGAAAGACGGUUCUAAAGCUUCACCAGUGCUGGCUGCAGAACAGGCAGUUGUAGCAUCUGAGAGUAAAAAUAAGGUUGUAUACAACAGUAAUCCUGCGCUGAUCCCUCCCAAGAGGACCUUUGUCAAGGACAGUGAGUAUGCGGCUCAGUUCAAAGAGUACAACAGCAUACCUGUCAGCAGCGAUGACCUCAAGGCCGUCCCAAGGACAGAGAAACAAAGGUCAAAGGUCAGAAGAAGUAAAAGCACUGGAUCACUGCGGGUGGACAAGAGACCUGCUGCUGGUAGUAGUCCAGUUAUUUCCCCUGACAACAAAAGACAGACCAUUGAAUCUGAACUACAGGGUGAACCAAAAGAGGUCCCUAGUCCUCUACCCCUUAACCAAGGAAAACUCAAGCGACCAAGAAGUGAAUAUGCCACAAACUUUCGAUCCCCAAACAAAUAUCAAUAUGACGGGGUGUGGCAUGGAGCUCUCCCCCCUCAUCUUCAACCAACUAAAGCAUUAUCAGAGGAAGAAAAGUCAGUUAAAGAGGUAAAGGAGAGUGCACCUGUGAAUAGUGGCCCAGCCUUGUCUAACUGGUUUGCUGAAGUUAUCGAGCUUCGACAGAAAGCUGCUGAAUACAAGAAACGAGCCCAGGGAACCCACUUCUCUCGCGAGCACCUGGUCCAGCUCAUUGCUCAACAGACCCAAGCCUGGGACAGUCUGAGUACUGCUCGCAGUGGAUCAAGCACACUCUCAGCACUCUCACUCGAGUCUGGUUUGACUGCCAGAGAAAGAGCAAAAGCAAUGGCCAAUAGAAAUGGGGAUGACAUAUCAAUGAUGGCUCACGAGGGAUCAGAUGAGGAAGCAGGAAAACCAGACUUUGUAUCGGAGAAACAUUUAGACCUCACAGCUACCAAGGGAAGUAAGCAGAGGAAACACAGGAAGAAGGCGUGGCAAAGAGAGGAAGCAAGGGAAGCAGACCAAGAUAAUGUGUCUUUGUUGUCCAAUGUGGGGUCAGAUAUUUCCAGAUCUGAUAUUUAUCCUCAAAAGACUGAGAAACGAAGAGGAAGGAAGAAGCAGAGGGGUAGGAGGAGGAGAGAAGAGGAAGAUGUAAGUGACAUAACCCCUGUAGCAGAUCCCUCCUCUGACAAAGGCAGAAUCCCCACCCCCAAGCUCAGGUCAAAGAGUGCUGGUGCCAGACAUCACCUAGACAGGACCACACCAGUAGUGGGAGGGGCCAUUCUGUCCUCACCCCCAAGGCCAGAGAAAUCAUCCCAGAUGAAAGUCAGCAGGUCAUGGUGCACCCCUCAAGAUGUUUAUGAUGAUGAAGUCGGUACAAUUAUCAGCAGUGAUAGAUUUCAACCUGUGGCAGGUCAAAGUCAAACAACGCCUUUUGUUGCUACCCAAGUCCCUAUUUCGAUAUCUCCCACAUUUGGCCUACCCUCCAAGGACACCCACAUCUUACGUGACGAUGAAGUCAGCGUAGACAAACCUUUAGAGACGGUGUUUGUAGACAGCCCAGCCAAGAUCAGGCCAACCAUUGAAGCUGUAAGUAGUGGAGAAAAACCAGCAAGAAAAGGCAAAAUGCCCACAAAGUUUGAACCUCAGCAAGCAAUCAAUGAGGGAUACGGACAGACUUACAACAAGCCCAUGUCAUGGGGCAUUGAAGGAGGAUUACCUAUACCAAGGAUAGACGAUGACGUGCUAUCCCUGUCAGCCAGAUCUGUUGCUUCUAGCUGCUCUCUAGCGUCAGAGGUUUACGAAAGAGCCCAGAAACGCACCAAGGAAUUCUGGGGCAAAGAUGGCAUAGCUUCACGAUAAAACAGUUAUUAGUGUUAGUGCAUGUGUACCUAAAGCAGAACUGUGAUACUGAAAUACAUGUAUGAUGUAGGAUGUUUUAUUUUAUUUUGCACUUAAUGUGUCAACUUCCGUCCAUAGUUUAUGGCAGCAAAUUGAACGCUCAGUAUAUAUGUCAGGUACCAAAAGAUGUUAAGUAUAUAUUACGAUGAUGGACAGAAAAAGAAUUUUUACAGUAUGAAUGAGAGACAUAGAAUUAUGUCACAAUUACACAGAGACAUAGAAUUAUCAUUUUAGCUUGUAAUGAGGCAUUAAAAGUGUUUUUAAACUGAGUG